AUGACAAUACGGCAAAGUCGUACACGAACGUUCCUGCAAUGUACAACAAGUCGCCUUUUUUUCUGUCUAUUGUACUUGCAUAGUCUAGCUAUUGCUCUCUCUGUCAAUGGUGAACAAGCGGAAGAAGACGCGUCAAAUGGUCGAGUCUUUCAGUGGCUUCAAGAGGAACAUGGCGACAACUUUUACUGGAACCCAAAACUAAGAUUAGAUGACAAUGAUGAUUCAAUCCAAACACAGGAGUCCUUAGAGAAAUCCGAGAUUCUCAUGAUUAUCCCGAGCUCGGCGAUAAUAUCCACCAUCAAUAGUGAUAACAUUGAUAACAAACAAGAGGAAAACGACGAGGAGGAGUUGUAUGCGGAAGAUAUGUUUUGUGCUCUAGCCGAGCGCUUGUGGGACGAAUUGCUGGAGGGCGACGAGUCCGACUAUGCACCCUAUAUGCAACAUAUCCUUCAUGAAUCAAAUUCAAUAAUAAUACCCAAUUUCUGGUCCACGAUAGGGAAAAAAUUGAUCGGCAUGGUCUAUGGAGAGUACCUGACGACGGAAUACCUGAUUGAUUGGAUUGAUGAUUUUGAAAGUUGUCGAGAUUUUCUGGCGUUGCCCAAUGAUCAUGAUGACGAUGAUGAUGAAUUUGACGCUGCCGAGAUACUAAUAUAUGGUGACAAUGAUUAUACUGCCAUUUGGAAUUCGGACAUUGAAAACUUGAGACGGCAUGUGCUUGCCACUGCGGCACAACAUCAAGUCGAUCAGAAACUCUUUGUUCCAUUAUAUGAUCACUUGGACCAUCACCUCGUGGAUCACAAUGUCAAACAUAUCGUCAAGGACGACUCUUCUGUUGUGAUCAUGGCACAGCGACAAAUAUCAGUUGGUGAGACCUUGUAUCGACCAUCGCAAGUAUGCCUUUUCGAAUGCGUCGAACCAACACAGCCGAUCGUCCUGGACAUUGUCCGGAAUUUUGGUCAUCUUCCAAAGUAUCCUCACUACUGGGAACUCCCAAGUCUCAAACUAGCAUUCAUGAUACAUGCUGGUGGUGGUGAGGAGACAAUGGAUGGCGUCGUAUCUGAAUCUACACCGACCCUAUCUUGGAUAGUCAAACCACACGAAGCCUGGCAAAUCGAAUCACUGGAAUCGGAAUACAAGCGAUUGCAAGAAAAAUACACGGGGGAGGUUCUAAAGUCCAAUGAAACAGUACCAGCGCAUGAAUGGAAGGUCAUUGAAGCAUAUUCAUCGGCGUUGCAAACGGCAUUGGGAUUGGCAGUCAAAGUUGGUCGAGAAGAAAUCUUGACGCCUCCUCCUUCUGCAGCUACAGAUGAGAACGAGGAAUACACUGACAAAGGCCAACGACGGCAACAAGAAAAAGGACAAAAGGAAGCUGAAGAAGGCGAAUGUAUUGCUGUCGAGGACAAGAAAGAUGAAUCAUCAGCCGACGAGGAUAAGAAAGAUGAAUCAUUAGAUGAGGAUGACGAAAAUGAUGAAUCAACUGAGUGGGAGCCAUGGUCAAUUACGCACAAAACUUCUUGUACAAACUGUAACCUCGAUGAUCUUGCACAAUCAAGAGGGUGUGAUGAAUACACCUAUUCAACAAUUCACAACCAAACGACUUGGACUCACCUUCGAGCUGCGUAUGUUGCCAUACUGAGAGAGAAUGCCACAAUUGAGACAACCUACGAAUCAGGAAUUAUGGUUCCUUUCAAAAUUGGUCACAGUCCUGGACGAGGUCGUGGUGUGUUUGUAAUAGAGGACGUAGCGAAAGGAACACUUGUGUGGACCGGUGAAAACACGGGUGCGUUCACAACGGGAGAUCAGUUUCGACAGUACCUGUCUGUUUUGCCAAAUGUCCUUGUCUGUGAUCUUACAAACUGGUGCUAUACGUCCAAUGGCGCGUCAAACACAUCGAGUCUUAUUGAAUGCGAUCUUGAUGAAGGAUCAUUGAUCAACGCUUUUGAAAACAAACAAGAGCACACGCUGGGCUGCAAUGAAGACAUGGUAGAGGACACAACACUUUGUCUCGAAAACUUGUACGCCCUGCGAGAUAUCCGAGGAGGGGAAGAGCUUUUGACUAAUUAUGAUGACUUUUCGACUGCUUCCUGGAAAGAUUUUGGGCUUUAG